GGACCGGAGCUCUCGCCGCAUUCCACUCAGAUUCGUGGGAUUACCAACGACCUCAACUGUCGCAGGCAUUAAAGAAAACUUACAUUCCAGGGACUUCGGGACUCAAAGUGAAGGUGAUCAAGUUCACAUCAUUUGCCAAGCUCAGCACACUCGGAGAUACCAUCAGAGCGCCGACUUCCGAGGUCCCUUCCGCCGUACUCCGUGAAUAUCAGGGACCUGGCAGCUGAGACCACAAGUCAGAGCCGGGUCGCGACCUCUCAUCCGUCACGGUCUACAAUGCCGAUCGAUGCUUCCAACUCCAUGCUAAACGCCAUUGGAGCCGGAACUGCACUCAUUGCGCUCUGCUCAGCGCCGGCUCUGAGCAGCAUCGUGACCCGUCUCAGCAAGCGAGAUGCGAAACAGGACACAUACGAAGACGGCGAUGGCAAGGCUACGCUCGAGUCGAUAAAGGCCUACUCGGCCAAGCUGCCGAAGUCACUUGCCCUGACUUCUGCGGCUGCCGGCCUCGCCAUGUCCAUUGCUCUCUUGGGGGUAUCGCCUCACACUGAAGGGCGGCUCUUGACAGAUAGCCUUGGCACGGGUGCUUGGGCUCUCCUGCUGUUCCAAGCUGCAGCUGUAGCCUCGAGCAGGAGUUCAGUCCAGGCCUACCGUCUUGGCAUCUACACCUUCUUCUCGGCCAUAGUUCUGGGCGGUAUUCUCCUCGCCCAGGGCACCGAGACCGCCGAACGCCUGCUGAAGUCUGCGCCCGCUGCAUUCGCCCUCGGCGUGGUUGAGCUCGUCUGCAGCGUGUCCCUCGCCAUCUCGGCACUCUGCAUCCCCAGGCGGCCCGAUGUGUUCUACCAGGGAGAACUGGUGGAUCGCAUGUACACCGUCUCCGCCUUCAGUCGCUUCACGUGGAGUUGGCCAUCCGGUCUUCUCAACCUUGCUUCGAAGAAGAAAGAUCUGGAUCUGGCUGAUCUCACCAGACCGGAUCAAUACACCCGCGCGGCCGCGGUAUCUGCCGACUGGAAGAAGCUGAAGACCAGCGGUCGGCGCCUUUGGCUGUCUCUUGUCCUGGCGCACAAGAAGCCCCUCGCCCUGCAGUGGCUUGCGACACUUGCCGCCUCAGUCCUGAACUUCGCUCCACAAUGGGUCAUUCUGCAGCUCCUCAGAUUCCUCGAGACCCGCGAGCCUGGGAAGAAGCAGGACAUCGAGGCCUGGAUGUGGGUUGUCUGGCUUGGAAUCGUCAUCAUCGCGCAGUCGUGGGUGGAGUCCUACGUCUGGUGGCUGGCCUACUCCGAGCUCCAAAUUCCCAUUCGCGCUCAGCUGUCGGCCCUCAUCUUUGAAAAGUCGAUGCGCAGAAAGGAUGUCAAGGGCGGCGAGAGAUCCAAGACCAAAACUUCCCAGGAGGGAGAUGCUGAGGCUGCAGGGCCCACCACUCCAUCCGCCGCGGGCGUCGAAGAGGAUGACUCGGAAAAGCUCAAGAAGAGCAAGCAGAGCACCGUCAACCUGAUUGGCGUCGAUGGGAAGAGAGUGUCCGACUUUUGCGCCUAUCAGAAUUUGUUACCGGGCAGUCUGUUCAAGCUUGUUGUCUCGCUUGUCUUCCUGGUCGACCUGCUCGGCUGGAAGCCGCUCCUGGCUGGUUUCUCGGCUAUGCUUGCCAUCAUGCCGGUCAAUAUCUACUUCUCCAAGCGGUACUCAGACUCUCAGGAUAGACUGAUGAAGGUCAGGGACGCCAAGAUGGAGGUGGUAACCGAGGCUCUCCAGGGGAUCCGCCAGAUCAAGUUCUCCGCCCUGGAGCCCGAAUGGGAGAAGAAGAUUGGCGACGUGCGGGAACGGGAACUCAGUGCCGUUUGGAGCGUCUUCAUGAACGACACGAUGCUGCUGGCUUGCUGGGUGACGAGCCCCAUCUUGUUAUCUGCCAUCUCCCUCGCCGUGUACGCCGCCUUGACGGGCUCUCUGGCUCCGUCGGUGGCUUUUGUCAGCUUGGGGGUGUUCAAGGGGCUCGAAAUGACCCUGUCGAUUGUCCCGGAGCUCACCACAGAUCUCUUGGAUGCUUGGGUCUCCAUUAAACGUAUUGAGCAGUAUCUCAACUCGCCCGAGGUGGAAACGAUCUCAAAGGACGCCGACGAGGUGUCUUUUGACAAUACCUCCAUUGCUUGGCCGUCGGACGAGGAAAUGGAUGAGUCGGAGAGAUUUGUCCUUCGCAACAUCAACAUUACCUUUCCCAAGGGCGAGCUGUCGGUCAUUUCAGGCAAGACGGGAACGGGCAAGAGUCUGAUGCUGGCGGCCAUCUUGGGCGAAGUCGAUGUUCUGGGUGGGACCAUAUACGUCCCGAGAGCGCCACCGUUGUCCGAGCGGCACGACAGUAAAGCCAAUAAGGGCAACUGGAUCAUUCCUGAAGCCAUUGCGUACGUAGCCCAGAUCCCAUGGAUUGAAAACGCCAGUAUCAAGGAAAACAUCCUGUUUGGGCUGCCGUACGAUGAAGAGCGCUACAACAAGACGGUCGCGACCUGCGCGCUGAAAAAGGACCUCGAGAUGCUGGAUGAUGGCGAGAACACCGAGAUCGGUGCGAAUGGUAUCAACCUCAGUGGCGGCCAGAAGUGGCGCGUCACGCUUGCCAGAGCGAUCUAUUCCAGAGCGGGUAUCCUCGUCCUGGACGACAUCUUCAGUGCCGUCGACGCGCAUGUCGGUCGCCACAUCUUUGAGAAGUGCCUCAACGGAGAGCUGGCGGUCGGCAGGACGAGGAUCCUGGUCACCCACCACGUUGCUCUCUGCGAGCCCAAGACGAAGUAUCUGGUCGAGCUCGGCGAUGGCGGCGUCUUACACGCCGGCCUGCUUUCGGAGCUUCGCGAGGAGGGCACCCUUCAGAAGAUAAAAAGCCACGAGCAGACGGCCGAGGAGGUUGAGGCCGACGAGCUGGCCACGGCAGCUAACUCGGAUGGCUCCUCGGUCGAGGAACGCGAGCAGGAUGGCGUGGACGGUAACACACUGAAGAAGGUGACGUCCAAGGCGCCGGUCGCACGCAAGUUUGUCGAGGAGGAGACGCGCGAGCAGGGUCAUGUCAAGAAGCAUGUCUACUCCACCUAUCUGAAGGAUAGCGGUGGCUUCUUCUUCUGGAUCUUUGCGCUAUUCGUCUUCCUGGUUGUACAGGGUCUAAACGUUGGGCGCUCAUGGUGGCUCAAAAUCUGGACGGGCAACUAUCAGGAACAGGCCGUCCACAGCCAGCGGAUCCCCAAUAUCCCGAGCGUGUACGGAUAUUCUUAUGCCGACGGUGUCCGUCAGACAUCCAUCCACGCCAUGUCCGCCCCAGCUGUUGGGUUCCAGGGCACGCUGGUCUACUAUCUUGGCAUCUACGUUGCCCUGGCAGUCAUUUCCUCCAUCAUCGGCACGUUGAAGUACCUCUACAUCUACUUCGGCUCAAUCCGCGCGAGCCGUAAGCUUUUCGCCAAGCUGAAUUUCACCAUUCUGCGCACCCCUAUCCGCUGGCUUGACACAGUUCCCGUAGGUCGAAUCUUGAACCGGUACACGGCCGACUUCAACACCAUUGACUCGCAAUUAGCCAACUCUGUGAGUUUUGGGGCCAAUUCCUUCCUCGGCUUGAUGGCGGUGAUCGUUGCUGGCCUCUUUGUGUCACCACUCAUUGUGCUCUUGGCCGUCAUCCUCUUGCUCAUCUGCCUCUACUACGCCAUCCGCUAUCUCAACGGCGCACGCCCUGUCAAGCGCCUGGAGAGCACGACCAAGUCGCCCGUCUUCGAGCAGUUCGGCUCGGCUCUUACUGGAGUCACCACCAUUCGCGGCUUCGGCAAGGCUCAGGUCUACGUGGAGCGCAUGUACCGCAAGAUUGACGACUAUUCUACUGCGACAUGGCACCUGUGGCUAUUCAAUAGGUGGAUGGGCUGGCGCAUGUCGCUCGUGGGGUCGUUCUUCUCGAGCUUUGUGUCGAUUCUCAUCCUGCUUACUCCUGGGAUCGACUCGGCGCUGGCUGGGUUUGCGCUCGCGUUUGCCCUCGAGUUCUCGAGCUCCGUGAUGUGGACUAUUCGGCUCUAUGCGAAUGUGGAGCUGAAUAUGAAUGCCGCGGAGCGGAUUAUUGAGUACACUGAGCUCCCGACCGAAGCGCUUGGCGGCGAGAGCCCGCCCGCCGCCUGGCCGACCGAGGGCCGCAUUGAGGUCAAUGACCUGGUCGUCGCAUAUGCCCCCGAUCUACCACCCGUUCUCAAGGGUCUUACCUUCAGCAUCAACCGGAACGAGAGGAUCGGCGUUGUCGGCCGCACCGGAGCCGGCAAGUCGUCGUUGACAUUAGCCUUGUUCCGCUUCCUGGCAGCACGAUCAGGCAGCAUUCACGUCGACGGCCUGGACAUCUCCAAGAUUAAACUGCACGACCUCCGCUCACGGCUCGCCAUCAUCCCGCAAGACCCGGUCCUCUUCUCUGGCACAAUCCGCUCCAACCUCGAUCCCUUCAACCACCACACCGACGCCGAACUCCGCGACUGCCUCGAGCGCGUCCACCUCGUCACCAACCCCUCCUCCUCCCACACCUCCACCACCACCACCGCCGCCGCCGCCGCUCUCCCGGGGGAUGGCUCCGCAGCCAAUUCGGUCGCGCCGAAAAACACAAACCCCUUUGCGGAUCUGAGCUCGCCCGUCUCCGAGGGCGGGCUCAACCUCUCUCAGGGCCAGCGCCAGCUCCUGUGUCUUGCGCGCGCCAUUGUCUCGCGGCCAAAGGUCAUGGUGCUCGACGAGGCCACGUCGGCCGUCGACAUGCACACCGACGCGCUCAUUCAGCGGAGUAUCCGGGAGGAGUUUGGCGACGCAACGCUGCUUGUCAUUGCGCACCGACUGAGCACCAUUGCAGACUUUGAUCGUGUGCUGGUGCUGAGUGAUGGGCGGGUGGCCGAGUUUGGGACGCCCAGGGAGCUGUGGGAGAUACCCGGUGGCAUGUUUAGGGCCAUGUGUGAGGAGAGUGGGGAGCGGGAGAGGUUGAGGGGGAUUGUUUUUGGGGAGGGCAAGAUGGAUGAGUGACGGGGUGUUUGAGGUAGUUGUGAGGAGGAGGUACGGAUAGGGGGGUGUUUUCCUUGUGUUGAGUUAAUGUUGGGCUGGUGAAAAGGAUCUAAGAGCCUGUGGAUGGAAUUGAAGCGGCCUUGUUAUAUAGAUUUGCUUAUACGGUAAUGCUUGGGGAAAGGGAAAAAUAAAAACGAAUUUGAUGAUUUUGGCGGUGGUUUGGGGGGUAC